UCUAACGUUAUCCAAUGUAAUCCCCUAUGGAUAACCCCCACUCCAACAUUCAAAACUACCAUGUUACACAGAGCCCUCUUUUGGGCCGCAAUUUGUUUCUCUCUCUGUAAAUGGGUUAUUCGAAGGCCCACAUAUGUCAAUGUCUAAGCCGGAUUGCAACUAUCCGGCCAGAUUCUCCGGUCACAAUAUACGGAAACAGGCUAAAAACCGGCAACGAAUUUGUUACCAGUGUCAUCAGCCUCGCUAAAGAGUUGUCCGAUUCGGGAUUGGAACGGGGGGACGUCGUCGCCAUCGCCGCCUUAAACAGUGAUUACUACUUGGAGUGGUUGCUAGCCGUUGCCUAUGUGGGAGCCAUUGCAGCUCCUCUUAACUAUCGAUGGAGUUUGGAAGAGGUGAGAUCGGCCAUCGAGCUUGUUCAGCCAGCAAUGUUGGUAGUGGACAAUUAUUGUGGUCCAUGGGCAGCCAAGUUUCAAAAAACCAUCAAAUUUCAUGCCAAUCUGGCCACCAACAACAAUUACGCCAUUAGAACACCACCACCAAAACCAAUUGAGCUCGACUUUAUCCAAGCGCCAGAGUCAAUUGUCCUGAUCUGCUUCACAUCAGGAACCACAGGAAAGCCAAAAGGAGUUGCUAUUGAUCAUACAGCAUUGAUUGUCCAAUCUUUAGCCAAGAUUGCCAUUGUUGGUUAUAAUGAGGACGAUGUUUAUCUUCACACUGCCCCAUUGUGUCACAUAGGUGGGAUCUCCUCAGGUUUGGCCAUGUUAAUGGCACGGGCAUGUCAUGUCUUCAUCCCUAAAUUUGAAGCAAAAUCGGUUCUCCAAGCCAUCAACCAAAACAAUGUUACCUCUUUCAUCACAGUCCCCACAAUGAUGGCUGACUUACUCUCCUUCCUGGGGAAAACUGGGGGAGAAGGAAGGUUUAAGAGUGUGAAGAAGAUAUUGAAUGGUGCUGGCUCACUUUCUGAUCCAAUUGCCAGGGCUGUCAUCAACAUAUUUCCACAUGCAAAGCUUCUUUCAGCUUAUGGUAUGACAGAAGCAAGCUCAUCACUGACAUUCAUGCCCCUUCCACUCCGAAAAAAUGAUGAUUCAUACACGAUCAUCUCCCAUUCGGAUAAUCGGCCAGGAGGCACAUGCGUCGGGAAACCGGCCCCACAUGUCGAACUGCAGAUAAGGGAAAAGGCUGUCAUUAAUUCUUGUCCGAUAGGUGCUAUACUUACUAGAGGACCUCAUGUUAUGACUAAGUAUUGGGGUGAAAAUUCUACUGGUUUUCCCAAUAAGGGUGGCUGGCUAAACACCGGAGACAUGGGGUGGAUUGAUGAGAAGGGGAAUUUGUGGUUGUUAGGCCGAGAAAAAGAUCGAAUAAAAACCGGAGGCGAGAAUGUGUUUCCUCAAGAAGUGGAGGCUAUUCUUUCCCGGCAUCCAGGGAUCGCAGGUGUUGUUGUUGUUGGGAUUCCAGAUGAUCGGUUCACAGAGGCAGUAAUUGCAUGCGUUCGUGUUAAAGAGAAAUGGAGUUGGGGUGGUGACGAUCCUCAUGCCACUUUGCAAUUGUCGAGCUCGCUCCUUCGAGACUACUGCAAGCAGCAAAAUCUCAGUGGGUUCAAGAUACCAAAGAUUUGCUUGGUAUGGAAUAAACCUUUUCCUUUAACUUCGACGGGUAAAGUGAGAAGAGAUGAAGUCAGAGCACAAAUCAUGUCCAUCAUGCAUAUAAAGACCAGCAAUUUAUAAGUAUUUCUUUUGAUGUGCGCACCAAAAAUCAAAAGAUCAGGAAAAGUAAAUAAAAAAUAAAGAAAACUGGGAAAUUAAAA